AUGCAUCCCAAACCCUCCGUCGAACAUGUCGAAAACACAACCUCCGCCGCCAGCGACACGGUCAAGAAGACCUCGCUCAUCGCCGACCUGAAGCAGUCGCCCAAGGUCGCCGCAUACUGUCUGGCGCUCACCACGGGCAUCCUGCUGUACGGCUAUGACCUGGUCAUCGUGGGCAACGUCUCCUCCAUGCCCAACUUCCAACACGACUUCGGCCGCCGUCUAGACGGCCAUCUCAUCAUCCCCUCCCUCUGGCUGGGCCUGUGGAACGUCGCCAACCCGAUCGGCGGCAUCUUCGGCGCGCUCUCCGGCGGCUUCGUGCAGGAUCGCACCGGCCGCCGCCUCGCCCUGGCCCUGGCCAGCCUCGUCUCCGCCGCCGGCGUCGCCGUCGCCUAUGUCUCCAACCUGCCCGCUGCCAUCGACGCCCGCCGCGCCGUCUUCUUCGUCGCCAAGUUCGUCCAGGGCUACGCCGUGCAGAUGCUCAUGUGCACCACCCAGACCUACAUGUCCGAGGUGCUGCCGCCGCCCCUGCGCGGGCCCCUCCUCGCCUUCUUCCCGCUCUUCACCCUCCUCGGCCAGCUCGUCGGCUCCGUCGUCGUCUUCACCUCGCUGCACCUCCCCGGCGCCACCGGCUACCUGCGCUGCUUCAUCUCCAUGUGGCCCUUCUCCGCCCUGCCGCUCGUCGUCGCCGUCUUCCUCCCCGAAAGCCCGGCGUAUCUCGUCCGCAAGAACCGCCUGCCCGCCGCCCGCACCGCCCAGCGCCGCCUCGACUCCGCCCGCGCAGACUCCGACGCCGCCAUCGCCCAGCUCCAGCUGUCCAUCCGGCUGGAGCACGAGCCUGCCUCCCCGGCCGGGGGGAGCCGCAAACCCGACGCCUACAUCCGGUGUUUUGGCGGGGUCAACCGGCGGCGCACGCUGCUCGUGCUGUUCGCCAAUCUCGUGCCGCAGCUGUUCGGGCUGACGCUGCUGGCCAAGGCGAGCUACUUCCUGCAGAUGGUGGGGAUGGGAGCGACAAACAGCCUGCUGUUUCUGCAGGUGGGGAUCGCGCUGGGGCUGGUGGCGAACAUCGUCAGCAUGUGGACGCUGGCGCGGUUCGGGCGCGUGCCGCUGAUGCUGUUCGGGCUGGGGGUGAGCACGGUGCUGUGGACGGGGAUGGGGAUUGCCGGGUGCUUCGAGGGGGUUGUGACGGUGUGGUGGUCGGCGGUCACGAUGAUGGUUGUGAUUAGCGUGUGUGGGGUGAGUGUCUGGCCGGCGUCGUAUGUGGUCGGCGCGGAGGCGUCGUCGUUGACGCUGCGGGCCAAGUCGCAGGGUCUGGGCUGGCUGGUGAAUGGGCUGUCGAAUGGGGUGUUUGGGCUCGUGCUGCCGUAUAUCUUUAAUCCUGAUGAGGGCGCGUUGCGGGCGAAGACGGGGUUUGUGUAUACGGGGUUGUGUCUGCUGGGCUUGGUGGGUACGUGGUUUGUCGUGCCGGAGAUGAGGAAUCGCACGCCCAUGGAGAUCGACCAUAUGUUUGAGCUGGGGUUGCCGGCGCGGCAGUUCAAGGCGUGGCAGCAGAAUGAUGCGCCGGCCACGAAGGAGUCUACUGGGUAG